CGCAACCGGAAGCUAACAAAGAAACGUGAUUCUCAAUGUCAGACUUGAAAAACUUAUGUAAAAAGUAUGGGGGGAUCUGUGAGAAAGUUUGUUAAUCCAAGGGCUUACUAUAAUAUUGAAAGACGAGCUUUGAAAAAAAUCGAAAAGGAGAAAGAUAAACCUACUGCUGCCCCGAAGCACAAUAAACAUGAGCAAGUGGACGUCUAUUCCAAUCCAGACCCUCAGAUCGUUGAAAAGAACGAAAAACUUCACAGUCGAAUGCAACAUUUGUAUCUGGAGUCAUAUGGGCCAGCACCAGGGGUGAAAUCCAAAUCCAAUCGGCCUCUCCCUCAGGACCGCGAGGAGUUCGAGACUUCGUUUGAUACCUACGGAUAUCAUAUCCCUAACCGGUUAGCGCACGGGAAAGUUGACUUUGUGCAAAUGUUGGACAUUUUGAAAAAAUACUCGGACACCAAAGGGGAGUACAGUGCAGCAGACAUAGCUAAAGACUACAAAGUGGACCCGACCAAGAUGCAGAAUGUUUUGACCCAUUUCCAGGUGUUACAGGUAAUCAUGCCCAAAGAGGAUGUUGAAGAAAUGCAGACAGAGGAAUCCACCGAGGAAGUAGAAACUACAGACUUAAAAUCAAAUCAGAUAGCCCCGUCAGACUCUAAAAAAAGGUGACCUGAAAAAAGGUGACGAUAACAACAUGGCUACCUACUGAAUCGUUACCUAUAACAACAUGGCUACCUACUGAAUCAUCUUGGAUCUGGAUCAGGAUUGUGUUUGAAUUUGGGGAGGAGGGAGGGGGGUGUGAAAUACCUGCCAAGAGGUGUUAGGUAUCAUAGAACUUGAUAUAUACUGUUUUCUGAAUUUUGAAUGUAUAGUUUUAUAUUUUAAAUUUAACAUUCUGAAGGUCAUCUUGAUAUAAAACUUUCUUCAAAGAUUUGACAAAUGCAUUGUUGUGAAAUUACCUUUUUUUUGAUGAUUAAAUGAUGCAAUAAAAAGUCUAUUUGCCUAAAUGCAGGGGAGAAAUGUCCCGUUUCUGUGAGAGAAAGAAAUCAAUCUCCCUGUGGCUAUAAAUGUAAAUUAUGGUAUGUGUUGAGAGUGACUGUCAUGAUUUAUAAUAAACAUGUUUAACAUGAG